ACCACUCGCUCUGUGAUCUGAGAGAGGGAAGCUGAUGCUUGGGGCUAGGGAGUAGGGAGCGGGGGAAGAUGAAGAUUGUUGUUGCCCAGAGCUCAAGACCUCAUCCUCUGCAACACCAUCACCUUCUUUCCCAUCUGCACUCCUAUUUCUCUUUUGGGUUCUUCAGUUUGAAGCCUCCCAAGCUUGCUUUUCAGCACUGCAGCCUGCCCGGUUUUGCUGCCGGGACAAGUCGCAAGCUGGGUCUGAUCGUUUCUCCAAAAUCGCAGAUAUGUCAAAGAGAAGUGGAAGUGGAACGAUUCGUCUUGCCGGCUCCAAAGAGGUUCUCUGGAAGCCCCUUGAAUGUUGAACAUAUGAACUUGAAGAAGCCAUUCCUGUGGUUCUCUUCAUUCUCUCUUGGAGCUCCUGCAUGGCUAAUUUGUGCGCAAGAGGCAGAUGCAAGCGAGAUGAUUAAAGUAAAUGCGGUUUAUGAGACUGGAGAAUUGUUUGAAUUAGGAAUUCAGUUGUCAUAUCUGCUUUUGCUCCUUGCAUUGCUUGGGGUCGGCAGUUUCUUCGUGAUCCGACAAGUCCUAGUCCGCAGAGAACUCGACCUUUCUGCUAAAGAGUUGCAGGAGCAAGUGAGGAGUGGAGAUGCAAGUGCAACAGGGCUCUUUGAACUUGGUGCAGUGAUGCUGAGGAGGAAAUUCUACCCUGCCGCCAUCAAGUACUUGCUUCAGGCUAUCGAUAAAUGGGAUGGAGAUGAUCAAGACCUUGCUCAGGUAUACAAUGCUCUUGGAGUUACUUAUAUUCGAGAUGGGAAAACCGAGAAAGGUAUUCAACAAUUUGAGAUGGCUGUGAAGCUCCAGCCAGGCUAUGUCACAGCCUGGAACAACCUCGGCGAUGCAUACGAGAAGAAGAAGGAUCUGAAUUCGGCCCUCAAGGCAUUCGAGGAGGUGCUUCUAUUCGACCCCAACAACAAGGUUGCUCGCCCAAGGCGAGAUGCGCUGAAAGAAAAGGUGACCAUGUACAAAGGAGUCCCCGUGAAGUCGAAGAAGAGAUGAUCCCUCUCUCUUUCGGCGCAGUCAUCUCAAAUUUUUGCUACAUUUUUACUUUAACAGAGCUUUUCCAUUUCUUUUUUAUGGAAUAUUGAGAAGGCUAUUUCUAUUGAUAGUGAAUUUGUAUGCAUUAAUUACUAAUCCUUCUGAAAA